UGAAAGUGGAUUGGUUCCAUCACCCACCACCAAAGAAAAGAAGGAAAAAAGAGAGAGGAGAGACGGCAGCUCUAGCUUUUCUCGCCGAUUAAUCUUUUUCAAACUCCGAUUUUUCUCCGAUUUUGAGCUUCUUUGUCUCUCCACUUCUCUAACUAUUAAUUAUUAUUAUCUAUUGAUCCUCUUUUAUUUCAUCUUUCUAACUCUAGGUUCUAAUUUUUGUUCAUAUCUCCGUUCAUAUACCCACUUAUCUCAGCUCGCUCAAGGUGAUUGUGAUUAUUGAGCAAUCAAUUUUAAAAAAAUAUCACUUAGCACUGGAUUAUUGAGGAGAGGGUAUUGGUUGCUGUGGGCAAUUUAAGUUCUGCUAGCUUAGAGUACUAUCUAAUUCUCUAUUAGUUAUUUAUUGGAAACAAUAGUUUGUGAGAGGAUAAAACUUGCUGGUGAAAGUGGAGCAUUACUGCAAGGGACACAGAGUGAAAAUAAAGAGUUUGGAGCUGACACCAUGGGUGCCGUUUGUUGCUGUUUACAUGCUGACGAUUUUGAGGAUUAUUUAAAUCCUAAUAGUUCUGUUUACAGAAACUGUAUGUGUCUUGGUUGCUUUGUUCAGAAUUUUCUACAUGUGUACUCCUCAUUAUUUCGAAGAGGGGAAUUGCAUUCUGUCCCUUCAUCCAUUCAGGGGGCAGCUUCUAUGACUUCUUCAGCAUCGCUUGACAACUCUCUUUCUGACAUGUACCGCUCUCCUCCAAGGCCUUUGCCUUAUGAUGCCGAUCCCAGAUAUUUUCGCUUGCAGCGUGAUGGUGUAGUUUCAAGACGGGAGAAGGGCUCAAGUCAUUCACAUGAGGAAUCAGAACCAUUAAGAAGUGAUAAUGAUGGUGAUUCUGAUUCCUUGGGUACAGGAGACAAAUGGCUUUCUUCGGCUUGUGAAGAAGGAUCCAAACAACAGCGCAGUAGAUCCUCAUUGAAGCUCUCGUCAGCAAAAUCAACUGUUGGAAUUGGAUAUGUCUAUUCAUCCUCAGAAGAAGAGGAUGUCUGUCCAACAUGUCUUGAUGAAUAUACUCCAGAGAACCCCAAGAUAGUAACAAACUGCUCUCACCAUUUCCACCUUGGUUGCAUUUAUGAGUGGAUGGAGAGAAGUGACAGCUGCCCAGUAUGUGGCAAGGAAAUGGUAUUCGAUGAAACGACUUGAUCUUGCUGUCGUGGAUGUAAACCAGCUACAGUGGAAGAAGAAAGGAAACUAAAGGAUACAUGUAAAGUUGUUUGUGAAUAUUGCAGGUUAAAGUGUUUUGUUAUCUAUGGUAAAUAUUGAAAGAAGAUAACAUAUAUAUGUUCUGAUAACAAUUGUUUCCAAACUCUUGAAAAAGCCCUUUACAAAAUUUUCAUCCAUGUGAAUGAGAAUUCGGUUUAUAGUUGUCAAAA